UGUAUACAAUAAUACGGGCUUGCAUGCUGAGUUCAGUACAACGGAAACCGUCAGCACGUCAAGAUUGGUCAGACAAAAUCUUUUUUGUCUCCUUAUAAAAUCAAUUCAAUCAUGUGGUUAUAGCACUUCGUAAAGAUUAAUUAAUAAUCCAGCCUAUGGCGGUUACACAAAGUAUACAAAAAUCGUUCAGCGAUUUUUAUGCAAACAGCGAUUGCGGGAAAGGUUAAACUUUAUCUCGAAGGACUUUUAUGCAUUUCCGGCUUGGAAAUUUAGGAUAAAUUGUGUGUGAAUAAUUAAUAUAUUGUGUGCAGUGAGGACCUAAUCAAUUAUUUAUUUAUUUAUUUGCAAUAGUGAAUGCAGUGUUAAUUUUAGUGCAAGCGCUCAGAUUAUUAUGUGCGCUAGUUCAAUUUUUGUGUGAAUGAACGGCAUCAGGAUUAUAUUGAAAAGGUUUUGUGUCGCUCCUGGUGAUGACCCUGAGCAAAGACCACUUGGAAAAUACUGGACGAGUAGAAAACAUUCUCAUAGAAGCGAUAUGUCUCUCCUCAAAUUUUUAGCCAUCAAUGCUUUAGAAUUGAGCGCUCCAGCUAGUCCCGCACUUCUGCAAACGCGCACCGGUGCCAACUCUUCGGCGGCUUCUAUCGUAGCUACUCAGCAUCCGCAAGUAGCCAUGGCCGUGGCGACCAGGGAAAACCUAACUUCGCCUCAAAUAAAUAAUAAUACAACUGCCAAUGUUAACGGUAACACCGUUAGCAACGGAACCAUGCAGGUUAACAAUGUAACAUCUCCUAAUGGUGAAUGGAUCCAACUGUCUGGACAUCCUGCUAGCAUUGCACCUUCUGCACCAGGAGCUGUUUGUAAGCGACUCUCUCGCGCUGAAGGAGAUCACGAAGCCCGCGCUUACCGUGAAUUGGCCGCCGAUCCCCUAGCAUCCCGGUUAGCUCCAGCCUACUUGGGCGAAUUCUCCUCCGCAUCCAAUUCUGAAGACCGUUACAUUGAAUUGGAAGAUCUUCUCCAUGGGUUCCGAGAUCCUCAUGUAAUGGAUAUUAAGAUUGGACGACGAACAUUUUUGGAAAGUGAGGUCGGAAACUCGGAAGCGCGGAAAGAUCUUUUCAGGAAAAUGGUUGAGGUUGAUCCUGAGGCACCAACGGCCGAGGAAAAGGCAGCGGGAGCUGUUACCAAAAUGAGAUAUAUGACGUUUAGGGAGCAGUUGAGCAGCUCGCAAAGCAAGGGAUUUCGUAUCGAAGCUCUAAAAGUGCGCGGAUCAGCACCUCUAAGCGAUUUGAAACGAGUACGCUCUCAUAGUGAUGUUGCACGAACUGUUUCCUUAUUCCUUGGAGGGGGAGGUCGUGCCAAGCGAUCUGAUGUUGCUUCUAAACUCCUUAAGAGACUUCGCGAAAUGAGAGAUUUAGCUGAGAGAUCCGAAUUUUUUGCCACACACGAAGUUGUAGGUAGCAGUGUGUUUGUGGCUUUUGACGAUACCAAGGUUGGUGCCUGGUUGAUAGAUUUUGCAAAAGCUAGAAGACUACCGGAAGGUGUAAGAGUAGAUCAUAGAUCACCGUGGACGCCUGGAAAUCAUGAAGAGGGCUUCUUGCAUGGCAUGGAUCAACUAAUUGAGGUUAUUGAAGAAGUCCACCAAUCAAUGACAUGUCCAUCGAUCAAAAAUUGUUCAUCUCGCUCUGCAACACUUGUAUCAUGAGCAAUUAAGAUGGAUGAAUAAUAAAUACUCAAUUGCAUGUUACUUGAACAUUAUCUAACCGUGAGGUGCUUCUGCGAAUAAAUGAUAGUACAAAACAGUUUUGUGGAUUUGACAUCAAUGCGUUUUCAUAGAAAUAUGAAUCCGUGUUUACUAGUGACGGUUUAUAACUUUUAUAAAGUUGUAAUAUUAUUACAAAUUUGCGUUUUAUGGACAAAUGUGGUUAAAACAAAAUUGUGUUUAUAUAA